AUGGCUAGCAGUUGCCGGAACAGACUCUUCUCUGGGUUGCUGUUUCUUUGCUUUGGGUUUCUGGGCUUCAUCACUUCUCCAGCAGAAGCUGCCAUAAAGAAAUACCAAUUUGAUGUCCAAGUGAAGAAUGUGAGUAGAUUGUGCCAUGCAAAACCCAUUGUUACUAUAAAUGGAAGGUUUCCGGGGCCUACAAUCUAUGUCAGGGAAGGAGACAGAGUUCUCAUCAAUGUUACCAACCAUGCUCAAUACAACAUGUCUAUUCACUGGCAUGGACUGAAGCAAUAUCGAAACGGUUGGGCAGACGGACCAGCUUAUGUAACACAAUGUCCAAUUCAGACUGGAAGUAGCUACACUUACGACUUUAAUGUAACAGGCCAAAGAGGAACUCUAUGGUGGCAUGCACACAUUCUUUGGCUGAGGGCUACUGUCUAUGGUGCAAUUGUCAUCCUGCCUAAACAAGGCACCCCGUUUCCCUUCCCACAACCAUACAGGGAAGCUGAAAUUAUACUCGGAGAAUGGUGGAAUGGCAAUGUGGAAGAGUUUGUCAACAAAGCAAACAACUUGGGAUUGCCACCAAACUCCUCGGAUGCACACACAAUCAAUGGGAAGCCAGGGCCAUUGUUUCCUUGCUAUGAGAAACAUACUUUUGUUAUGGAGGUUGAGCAAGGGAAGACCUAUCUCCUGAGAAUUAUCAAUGCUGCUCUCAACGAUGAACUUUUCUUUGGCAUUGCCGGUCACAACUUGACAGUGGUGGAGGUUGAUGCAGUGUACACAAAACCAUUCACUACUGAAGCCAUACUAAUUGCACCUGGCCAGACCACAAAUGUUUUGGUCCAAGCCAAUCAAGCUUCAGGCAGAUACUUCAUCGCUGCUAGGCCUUUCAUGGAUGCUCCAGUUGCCAUAGACAACAAGACAGCCACAGGAAUAUUCCAAUACAGAGGCAUCCCCAACACAGUUCUACCAAGCCUUCCUCAACUGCCUGCCUCUAAUGACACAGCCUUUGCUCUAAGCUACAACAAGAAACUCAAGAGCUUAAACACUCCAAAUUUUCCAGCAAAUGUUCCUCUCAAAGUUGACAGAAAGCUCUUUUACACCAUUGGUUUUGGAAAAGAAUCAUGCCCAACUUGCCUUAAUGGAACAAGAUUUGUUGCUUCCUUGAACAAUAUCUCUUUUGAGAUGCCUCAGGUUGGGCUUCUACAAGCCCAUUACUUCAAUCUCAAAGGGGUUUUUAAAACUGACUUCCCUGAUAGGCCACAAACUCCUUUCAAUUACACUGGUGCACCACUUACUGCCAAUCUUGGGACUUCCACAGGGACUAGGCUGAGCAAGAUUGCCUUCAACUCUACAGUUGAGCUGGUGUUGCAGGACACUAAUCUUCUAACGGUUGAGUCACAUCCCUUCCAUCUCCAUGGAUACAACUUCUUUGUUGUUGGAACCGGGAUUGGGAAUUUUGAUCCUGCCAAGGACCCUGCUAAAUACAACUUGGUUGAUCCUGUUGAGAGAAACACAGUUGGAGUUCCCACCGGUGGUUGGACCGCCAUUCGUUUUAGAGCUGAUAAUCCAGGCGUUUGGUUCAUGCACUGUCAUUUGGAGCUUCAUACCGGGUGGGGAUUGAAAACAGCAUUCGUCGUAGAAGAUGGACCAGGAUCAGAUCACUCUGUUCUGCCUCCGCCUAAGGAUCUUCCGCCAUGCUAA